AUGUAUUCACCACCUUUUCUUUGUGACAAAGAAGUGAAAAUCCCAAACCAAAAUCCUAGGUUAUUCGCCGCUGAUUCAUACAUGUUCAAGAUUGCGCUCAAGGAGUGCAGGCACGUGUUUGAGAAUCUCGGCUCCAUUGUUGAUGUUGGUGGUGUCUCCAAGCUUAUUCAUCAAGAGUUUCCGCAGUGGAAGUGCACCGUUUUCGACCAGCCGGAGGUUGUUGGUAACCUCAAAGGAGAUGGGAAUUUGAACUUUGUUGCCGGUGACAUGUUCAAAUCGAUCCCUUCUGCUGAUGCAGUCUUACUCAAGUGGAUUUUACAUGACUGGAAUGAUGAGCAGGCCUUGAAGAUAUUGAAGAACAGCAAGGAAGCUAUUUCGGAAAGAGGGAAAGAAGGGAAGGUGAUAAUCAUAGACAUAUCCAUCGAUGAAACCAGCGAUGAUAAGGAAUUGAUUGAGCUGAAACUGGAUUAUGAUUUGGUGAUGUUGGCAAUGUUCAAUGGAAAAGAAAGAGAGAAGAAGGAAUGGGACAAGCUCAUCCAUGAAGCAGGCUACAGUAGAUACACCAUUACCCCAAUUUGUGGCUUCAAAUCUCUUAUUGAAGUUUACCCUUGAUUUUAUUUCAAAGUGUUUUGUUAUGAUGUCUAAAAAUUAUUGUCUAAUUAUUAAAAAAAUCAAAUAAUUAAUUUUAAAUUAAUUAUUAUAAAAAGCAAAUUAGACACCAAAUAAAAAUACCAUAAAAUUAGCCUUAUUUUGAUAUGAGUAAUCUGUUUGUAAUAAUCAACUCUAUAUCUUAUGCUACUUAUGUUUCAACAAAGGAUUAGUUGAGAUUCAACGCAUCAUGAAGUGUUAUUUAAUUUUUAACUUCUUAAUGAUAUUGCAAGUUAAUUA